UCACAGCCACCCGCGCAGACACGGAGAACGUUCUUGAAUUUGGACUACGGAUAUUCAACUCUAUUUUCUUAAUCAAACACGCGAAAGCUUGUUUGCUUAUUUACUUUUUUCUUUUUCAAUGUGACAGGGGAAAAAAAGGAAUGUUUUUUAAGCUCUAUCCCAAUUGUGAAAUUUGUACUACCCAAUUGUUGUUCCAAUGGCUUCGUCGGAGGCUCAAAUGGAGAAAAUGAAAUUCCGUCAAAAUUAUCGAAAUCACUGGCACACUGAUCUUCUCCGUGCUCCUCAGUCUGAUCCUCUCUUUUGCUGUUUCUCGCUUUGGUGCGGUCCUUGUGCAUCAUACAUCCUCCGAAAACGAGCUCUAUACAAUGAUAUGUCAAGGUAUACAUGUUGCGGAGGCUAUAUGCCUUGUAGUGGCAGAUGUGGAGAAAGUCAUUGCCCUGAGUUAUGUCUUUGCACAGAGGUGUUUCUUUGCUUCGCAAAUUCAGUUGCCUCAACGCGCUUUAUGUUGCAAGAUGAGUUCAAUCUGCAGACGACAAAAUGCGAUAAUUGCAUAAUUGGGUUCAUGUUUUGCCUCCAGCAGGUAGCAUGUAUAUUUAGCUGCAUUGCUUGUAUUACAGGAAACGAUGAACUUCAAGACGCUUCUCGGGUUCUCAACUGUUGCUCGGACAUGGUUUACUGCACGGUUUGUAGCUGUAUGCAGACACAGCACAAGGUAGAAAUGAAUAAAAGAGAUGGUAAAUUUGGGCCAAGGCCAAUGGCAGCACCGGCUGUUCAACAAAUGUCUCGUUUGGAUCAGCCUCUUCCUCCAACCAUUGGAUAUGCUCCGCCGCAGCCACAAGCUUAUCCCCCAAAACAGCUACCCCCUAUGUACCCCCCACCACCCCAGCAAUCCCCUAUGUACCCACCACCGCCCCAGCAACCCUAUGGAUACCCACCACCACCAUCACAACCCCAUGGAUAUCCACCAGCCAAUUAUGCUCCAAGUGGUGUCGGAUACCCUCCACCUGGUUAUCCGCGGUGAAGGUAGUCCGGUGCACUAAGCUCUUACCGUGUGCGAGGUUCAGGGAAGAGUCAGAUCACAUUGGAUCUGAUGUAAGCAGCCUUACUUUGUAUUUCUACAAGAGAAGCCAAGAAGGUACGAACGGAGUGACGACCCCUUUAGAAGACUGUUUCCCACUUGUAGAACAAGUCAAAAUAAGUAUAUAUUCUAUGUGAUGGUUUAAGCUUUUUAGACAAAAUGAUCAUAUAUUUCAACAUCAGUCAGCAAAUUCAUUGAUCUUUGUAGUAUAAGUCGACCAUAGAAAAAUUACGGUUUGUGGACUCUCAAUUGUUGUUUCUGGAGUAAGGAAAUAAAAUUUGUCAAAGUUUGUAUUAGUCAUGUUUGCUUUUUGUU